UUUUUCAUUUCAUUGAUUUUUUUUUUAAGGUUCUCGAAGUUGCAUUAUUAAUUUAGUUGCAACGAGAAUAUAAGAAGAACUAAGAUGCACCAUAUUGAAUCAGAACAAAUUCAGCCAUGAGUGGUUUCAUAAGUUUGGUUUUCUGCAUUUAUGCAGUCAUACAUGGCGUUGCAGCUUCGGAGAAGGAAAUACCGAAGGAAGUUCGAAUUUUUAGCCAUAUGCAUGGAAGUUCUGGUGGUGGCAGUAGCCAGGGGGUUAUAUAUGUAGCUAAACCAGAAAUGAGCGGACAUAGUAGUGGCAACAAGGUUAUCUAUGUUGCCCAACCUAGUUCACCACCAAGUCCACCACCAGUGGCCUACAUGCCUGCGCCAGUGCAAUACGUGCCUGCUCCACCAGUAACCUAUGUGCCAGCUCCUCCAACUUACAUGCCUGGUCCACCGAUAACUUACGUGCCCAGUCCUUCUUACAUGCCUAGUCCUUCAUACGGGGGUGAUUGUUCGUGUCCACCUGGUCCACCAGGACAUCCAGGUCCACCAGGUCACCAAGGUGAAAUGGGCGAACGUGGAGACAAAGGCAGUCCCGGAAGUCCAGGUAAUCCUGGACCAGCUGGACCACCCGGACCUGAUGGUAUGCCAGGUUCGAUGGGACAACCCGGCCCCAGAGGACCACCUGGCCAACGUGGUUCACGUGGAUCAGUUGGACAACCAGGUUCCAUGGGCCCACCUGGACCACCCGGCCCACAGGGACCACCUGGACCACCCGGUCCUCCAGCACAAUCACGCCGAAGGAGUCUUUACUAUAUUGAUGAUUCUGAUGACGAUGGAAAUAAUGAUGAAAACGACAAUGCUUAUGAUGAUGAACAAUAAAAUAUGUAGAGAUGAGAAAAAUAAAUAAAACAAAAAUACAAUCGAUGUUUUAAGGAUUAAAUAAAACCUUAUGGAAAGAGAAA